AUGUCGUACUUAAAUAAUCCGGCCAUUGUCAUGGACAAUGGUACCGGUUUGACCAAAUUAGGAUUCGCUGGAAACGAUUCCCCGUCGUGGGUUUUCCCCACGGCAAUAGCCACAGCACAGCGUUCAACGACAAAAAGUAGUGGCAGUGGAGCAAGCACGAGCUCGGCUCAAAGUGCUUCCAAUCCGUACUUUGGAAACUCUACGUCUGCCACGUCUUUUAACAGUUUGGCAUCAGCAACACUCAUGUCUAACAACUUGGCUGGAAAACGAGGCACAGAAGACUUGGAUUUUUACAUCGGGAACGAAGCGCUUACAGCAGCCCAGGGCCCUUCCUACUCACUCAGCUACCCGAUCCGUCACGGCCAAGUUGAAAACUGGGACCACAUGGAAAGAUUCUGGGAGAACUCGAUCUUCAAAUAUCUAAGAACCGAACCCGAAGAUCACUUUUUUUUGCUCACUGAGCCACCUCUCAAUCCUCCUGAAAACAGAGAACAGGUAGCCGAGAUUUUCUUCGAGGGCUUCAACUGUGCCGGUCUCUAUAUCGCAGUGCAGGCCGUGCUUGCGUUGGCCGCGUCUUGGACCUCCUCGAAAGUCGUUGAUAGAUCAUUGACAGGUACUGUUAUAGACUCCGGUGACGGUGUCACUCAUGUUAUUCCUGUCGCCGAAGGGUACGUCGUCGGGUCGGCCAUCAAGAACAUUCCAAUUGCCGGAAGAGACAUCACACUUUUCAUUCAGUCGCUACUUAGAGAGCGCGGCGAGGAAGACACUACACUGAGGACAGCAGAGCGCAUCAAGCAGGAGUACUGUUACGUUUGCUCGGAUAUCGUCAAGGAAUUCAACAAAUUCGAUAGAGAUCCUCAGAAAUUUGCCCAAUUUAUUGUAGAAAACUCAGAAAAGACCAAACGUAAGGUAAUAGAUGUGGGUUACGAGAGGUUUUUGGCUCCUGAGAUAUUUUUCAACCCAGAAAUCGCAUCCUCCGAUUUUCUAAUUCCUUUACCCACAGUUGUUGACCAAACCAUUCAGGCUUGCCCUAUCGAUGUCCGUAAAGGUCUUUACAACAAUAUCGUACUUUCCGGUGGCUCUACAAUGUUUAAAGACUUCGGCCGUCGUCUACAGAGAGAUUUGAAAAGUAUAGUAAACAACAGAAUAGCAUUGAGCGAAAGCCUCAGCGGCACGAGGUCUACCGGUGUUGAUGUACAGGUUAUUUCGCACAGAAGACAAAGAAAUGCAGUUUGGUUCGGUGGCUCUUUGUUGGCGCAGACAGCCGAAUUCAAAAGCUAUUGCCACACAAAGCAAGACUACGAUGAAAUCGGGCCUGAAAUCGUGAGAAACUUCAGUCUGUUCAACAUGGUGUAG